AUGGCGUACACAUACUAUCAAUCGACCUCCCCCAGGAUGUGGGGAACUCCACAGGGAGCGGACUGGACUAUUUCCGUGCACAUGCUGUUCAUGAUGAUCCCACUUUCUAUCAAUCCAUUGUGGGCCGCAUGGCAGUUGCAGUGGGCUCUGGAUAUCAUGAAGCAAGACAUUGGCACCGUCGCAUUUACGGUGGACAGGUCAUGUUGGCUAAGACGCUCCCCCCCGAUAUUGGUAGCGCAGCAGGCAACACAUCUAUGGCAUUACUCGGGCCGGUCGCUAGACAAUCUGGGCCUCAGGGGUGCCUGCGAGACAGCCGCAGCAACAGCCUCGCGUAUCGCAACGAGGAUCAUGGGCGUUGACGGCUACUCCAACGCUGAAAUGAGCAAUUAUGGCCGCGCGCCCUCGUAUGAUAGCUACAAUGACGACUACGCGACACGACCGCGUGCCUUACGUCGUCGCUCGUCCUACUCGGUCGGUCUGUCCACCGUCCCAGGCGCCUCAUACGGCAUGGGUGCCACGGGCUAUGCGCCGCCUGCUUCACCGUGGGCGGGCACGAUGUCCAUGGCGCGCAGCACCACGCCGCUGCCUGUCACUCAAGGUGCAUACGUACAACCUGGGAUGGGCGGCAUAGGUGUUGUGCCAGGGAAUCCAGGAACCUAUAUGGGCGCACCGGGCGUACUAGGAUCAGCUUACGGCGCGGGCACCACUGUUGGAACGUACCCAGGAGGCAUCCUGCCAACAGGUGUCCCUGUCCCUUAUUCAGCGAACACAGUGAGCGCAGUAUAUCCAGCAGGCCCGGUGGGCACCGUAUACCCAGCUGCGCCGCCCACGUACUCAGCAGGCCAGUACGCCGUUAAUCAAAAUCGCGGAGGCGUCGCACCGGCACCACCGGGAGUCUACGGCCCUGGAUACGCAUCAAUAAUGCCUGUGCCAGGGUACAAUACGACGUAUGCAGCACGCGCCGGCAGAACCGGAGGCCGCCUCGCGGGCGCUGUCGCACUCGCUGCCACCCCCAACGCCCGGCGCGGUCGAUUGACCGCGCAAAGCCUCGCAGGCGCCUUCCAGCGACCAACCCCGCGAAGACAGAAGACAGCCGUCAGCGAAUUUGCCCGAGAAGCCAGCCAUUCGGAAUUCGGGAGGGCUCGCUUGGCGUGUGAGCUCCCGAGCGCGUCCCUCGCUGACGGGGCGCGUCCCGGGGCCAGCCUGGAGGUGGGAACGGCGGCGGAGGCAUCCACCGCUGCGCAGCCCGACAUCGACCGCGAAGAUUCAGGCUGCCAGGCUCCAGCGGGUCCUGGAGUGCCCGCGCGUGCCGUAAUGAACGCCAUGGGCUGGCGCCAGUUCCGUGCCUUUUGGCCAGAAUGGGCACCGGCGGAGGCAAGAUGUGCACGACAGCGCCUGCGGACGCUCACUUCAUUCCUGGAAUACUGCUUGGCGUGGAAGAGUGCUCACCCGUUGCGCGCCAAACCGAGCACCACACUCUACUAUGACAGCUUUGUGAUGUUGCCUGGCUGA